AUGCGUUUCUCUCACGUUCUAUCGUCGGCUGCCCUUGCCGGUGUCUCUCUAGCCACUCCGUUGGGCCACGAACAUCCUGCCCACAAGAGAGACGUGGCAUACGUUACCAACGUCAGAACCACCACCGUGUUUGGUACCGCCCCACAACAAAUCGGCGGCCAGUCCACCACCGUGGCCCUCGACGCUUCCAACACCGUUGCCCAGCAGGCUGCUACAGAGUCGACCUCGCUUUCUGAGAUCUCCAGAGGCGUCGCUGCUGCUCCAACCGAGGCCGUCAGCUCGACCGUCUCUUUUUCGAGCUCGAGCUCGAGCUCGAGCUCGAGCACCAGCGCUGCUGCUUCUUCCGGCUCGUCUGUCCCAGCUUCAAGCUCGUCGUCUUCGUCUGCUGCUGCCACCUCUUCGUCGUCUGCUGGCUCUGCUGGUGCCAAAGGUAUCACCUACUCUCCCUACAGCAGCUCCGGCUCUUGCAAGAGCUCUUCUGAGAUCGCUUCCGACUUGGCUCAGCUCUCUGGCUACGAUAUCAUCAGACUAUACGGUGUCGAUUGCGACCAGGUGUCUGCUGUUUUGCAGAACAAGGCCUCCAGUCAAAAAUUGUUCUUGGGUAUCUACUACACCAACGCUAUCCAGGACGGUGUCAACACCAUCAAGAGCGCCAUUGAGGCCCAUGGUUCUUGGGACGAUGUCUAUGCCGUUUCUAUCGGUAACGAGCUAGUCAACGGUGGUGAGGCCACCGUGGCCCAGGUCGGUUCCUACGUCUCUGAGGGUAGAUCUGCUCUAACCAGUGCCGGCUACUCUGGUCCUGUUGUCUCUGUCGACACUUUCAUCGCUGUCAUCAACAACCCAGGCUUGUGCGACCACUCCGACUUCAUGGCCGUCAACGCCCACGCUUACUUCGACUACAACACUGCUGCCGAAGACUCCGGUACAUGGCUUGUGGAGCAGAUCCAGAGAGUCUGGGGUGCCUGCCAGGGUAACAAAGAGGUUUUGAUCACCGAGUCCGGCUGGCCAUCUCAGGGAGACACUUUGGGAAAGGCUGUUCCUUCCAAGGAAAACCAAGCUUCCGCCAUCAGCUCCAUCAAGUCCUCUUGCGGUAGCGCAGUCAUCUUGUUCACCGCUUUCAACGACUACUGGAAGGCCGACGGUGCUUACGGCUGCGAGAAAUACUGGGGUAUCUUGUCUAAUUAG